CUCUGAGUCUCUCUGUAAUCUUCCUGUUUAAGCGAAGGUGACGAUACUAUUUCAACCCCCCCCCCCCACCAACCCUUCCCUGAACACAUUAUCAUCCUCUCUCUCCCUCUCUCUCUCUCUCUCUUAAAGAUGGGAUUGCUCGAUCUGGAGAAGCACUUCGCCUUCUACGGCGCAUACCACAGCAACCCAAUCAACAUCGCGAUCCACAUCAUCUUCGUAUGGCCCAUCGUCUUCACAGCCUUGCUUCUCCUCUACCCCGCGUCCCCAAUUUACGACCUUUCUCAAUUAGGGUUUCCUCGGACGAUAACCCUCGACGGCGUUCUGAGGUUAGACGUCGGGUUUGCCGUCACGGUGGCUUAUGCUCUGUUCUACAUCUGUUUGGAUAAGAAAUCCGGGUUCGUCGCGGCUCUCAUGUGUUUCGCUUGCUGGGUUGGGUCCAGUGUCCUCGCUGUUCGGUUAGGACCUUCUCUUGCCGUAAAGGUUGGGUUAGCAUCUCAGCUGUUAUGUUGGACCGGGCAGUUUCUUGGCCAUGGAUUGUUCGAGAAACGAGCACCUGCGCUUUUAGACAAUCUAGCCCAAGCUUUUCUCAUGGCUCCUUUCUUUGUGUUGCUUGAGAUUCUUCAAAUGGUUUUCGGGUACGAGCCAUAUCCAGGUUUUCAAGCUCGUGUCAAUGCCAAGGUAGAAAGUAGCAUAAAGGAAUGGAGAGAAAAGAAGCAGAUGAAGAAUAAUAAGCUCACAUAAGCUUUGGAUUAAUAUAACUGAAGACCCUAAAACCCAUUGUCAUGUUUAUUACAUUAAAACCCCACGUAAUAAUAAGACCACCAUUGAUUGAUGGGUUUGUGUAUAACUAUGUUUCAAUAUAGUUGACAAAAAAAAACUGCGUUUCAAUUCAA